CCCCCCCCGCCCCGGGCCGGCUCGCUCCGCGGGGCCGGGCAGGCAGCUGCGGGGGAGGGGAAGCAGCGAGGAGGCAGCGAGCCCAGCGUUCAGGGACCAGCUCCAGGCUGCAGGCUCCGUGCCGGCCCCGGCGGGAGGCUGCGGGGAACCCGCUCCGCUGGAAAGCCGCCAGGUCCCUUGCCGGGUGCGGCUGCAGCCCUGUGCGGGCCCCGCUCGGGCAGGGCAGGGCCGGUACCGGGCGAGGAGGAUGGAGACUCCCCCAGCACGAGCCGCCUUAGCAGGGAGCUCCCGCCGCCGCUGUCGGAGACUGGGAGCCGGGAGGAGCGGGGGCACCUUUAAGGGGAGGGGGGAACCAACCCCUUAGCUCCGCGAUUUGCAUCUUCCCGGGAAGCGCCUCCCCUUCGCAGUGAUGUCAGGCGCGGAGAGCACUUGCUGGCAGCGCCAGGCAGCCGAGUUCAGACGGCAGCGGCGGAGCCGAGCCAGCCGGUGCUGCCGUGCGCGGAGCUCUCCCCUCCCCGGCGCCCCCAGCCCCGGCGAGCCGGCCCGGCCCGAGCCGACCCCCGGAGCACUGUUGGCUGCGGCCGAGCACACCGCCGCCUCGCGCUGCUCGCUCCUCUGGGGGACUCGCGGAGCGCUCCAGCCGGCGGGGGAUCGAGGAGUCUCGCAGCGGGGCCGAGCCGGCGGCUGCCUUCACGUGGGACCCGCUUUGCCUUGAGCUGCGGGAGCAACAAGAGCUCCCGGCCCCGCAGCCGCCACCGCGGACUUCGCCCAAACUUCGGCUCCUUCCUCCCGGCGCGGGAGCGGCCGCGGGAGCCCGCGCGAGAAUUUGGUGGCGCCCGCGGGUCCAGCGCCCAUGCGGCGGGGCGGCCGGUGCCCGCGGAGCCAGAGCUGCGGCGGGGAAGGAGUUCAAGCUGCCCUUGGUGUUCUAUAAGAAUACUCAUUAGCCAUUCUGGAAAUGGACUUGCUGUCUGGAACCUACCUCUUGGCAGUCUUAUUUGCCUGUAUUGUAUAUCAGUCUGGUGCUCAGGAGAAGAAUUAUACAGUGAGGGAAGAACUGCCAGAAAAUGUCCUGAUUGGCAAUUUGCUCAAGGAUCUCAACUUGACGUUGGACCCAGAUGUUCCUCUUUCAUCUCCUCUUCAGUUUAAGCUUGUGUAUAAGACUGGAGAUGUACCAUUAGUGCGGGUAGAGGAAAACACUGGUGAGAUUUUCACUACUGCUAACCGUAUAGACCGGGAGAAGCUGUGCUCUGGAAUCUUUAGUGAGAACCGCUGCUUUUAUGAAGUGGAGGUAGCUGUUCUGCCCGAUGAAGUCUUCAGAUUGGUCAAGAUCAGAUUCCUGAUAGAGGAUAUCAAUGACAAUGCUCCUCUCUUUCCCUCAACCGUUAUUAACAUCUCCAUCCCUGAAAACACAGCCAUUAAUUCCCGGUACUCUGUCCCUUCUGCUAUUGAUCCUGACAUUGGAGUGAAUGGGAUUCAACAUUAUGAACUUCUUAAGCCUAAAACUGCUCCGAAAAGGACAUUUGGAUCCAUUACGAAUGAUCAGGGUCAAAAUGUAUUUGGACUUGAUAUAAUUGAAACACCCGAGGGAGACAAGUGGCCACAGCUUAUUGUCCAACAAAUCCUGGACAGGGAACAGAAGGACACUUAUGUGAUGAAGAUUAAAGUUGAAGAUGGUGGAAACCCUCCAAGAUCAAGUACAGCUAUCCUACAAGUUACAGUUACUGAUGUGAAUGACAAUCGCCCGGUCUUUAAGGAAAAUGAUAUUGAAGUUAGCAUUCCAGAAAAUGCUCCAGUGGGCACAUCAGUUUCACAGCUUCAUGCCACUGAUGCGGAUCUGGGAUCAAAUGCACAGAUCCUCUUCUCUUUCAGCAAUCAAAUCUCCAAUCUGGCCAGAAGACUGUUUGCCAUAGAUAACACCACUGGUCUUAUCACAAUUAAAGAGCCACUAGACAGAGAGGAAUCUCCUGUACACAAGUUAACUGUUUUGGCAAGUGAUGGCAGCUCAACUCCAUCAAGAGCAACAGUGACAAUAAAUAUCACAGAUAUUAAUGACAAUGUACCAUCAAUAGACACAAGAUACAUCAUUAAUCCAGUGAAUGGGACUGUGCUUUUGUCUGAGAAAGCCCCACUCAAUACAAAAAUUGCCUUGAUUACAGUAAUGGACAAAGAUGCUGACCUGAAUGGAAAGGUUACCUGUUUCACUGACCAUGACGUCCCAUUUAGGUUAAAGCCAGUGUUUGACAAUCAGUUUCUGCUGGAGACAGCAACGUUUCUAGACUUUGAGGCUACCCGGGAAUAUGCCAUUAAAAUAGUGGCUUCUGAUUCAGGGAAACCUCCCUUAAAUCAGUCUGCAAUGCUUCUGAUUAAAAUAAAGGAUGAGAAUGACAAUGCCCCGGUUUUUACACAGCCUGUAAUAGGACUUUCCAUUCCUGAGAACAAUGCUCCUGGCACCCAGCUGACUAAGAUAAGUGCUACAGAUGCAGACAGUGGACGCAAUGCUGAGAUUAGCUAUAUGUUGGGCUCAGAUGCACCUCCUAUUUUCAACCUAGACCGCCGCACAGGCAUUCUGACAGCAGUGAGAAAGCUGGAUAGAGAAAAACAGGACAGGUAUUCCUUCACUGUUCUAGCUAAGGAUAAUGGGAUGCCACCCUUGCAGACCAAUGCUACAGUUACAGUGUCUGUUCUGGAUCAGAAUGACAACAGCCCUGCCUUCACCCACAAUGAAUAUAAUUUCUAUGUGCCAGAAAAUCUGCCCAUGUAUGGGACAGUGGGGCUUAUCACAGUUACUGAUGCUGACUCUGGAGAGAAUGCUGCUGUCACUCUCUCUAUAUUAAAUGGCAGAGAUAAUUUCAUUAUUGAUCCACUUACUGGUGUAAUAAGACCAAAUAUUACCUUUGACAGGGAGCAACAAAGUUCUUACACUUUCCAGGUGAAGGCUGUAGAUGGAGGAAGACUGCAACGCUCUUCAACUGCCAAGGUGACCAUUAAUGUGGUUGAUGUCAAUGACAAUAGGCCUGUUUUUGUUAUCCCUUCUUCUAACUACUCCUAUGAUUUAGUUCCAACAUCCACCAAUCCAGGCUCUGUGGUAACUAAAGUUUUUGCAGUUGACAACGACACAGGGAUGAACGCAGAACUCCGCUACAGUAUUAUAGGCGGGAACUCAAGAGGUUUGUUUACAAUUGAUCAGUUAACAGGCAAUAUCACUUUGAAAGAGAAGGUAAUAACAUCAGAUCAUGGCUUACACAGGCUGGUAAUAAAAGUCAAUGACUUAGGGCAGCCAGAGUCACUGUAUACAAUAGCACUGGUGCAUUUAUUUGUGAAUGAGACUGUUACUAAUGGUUCGUAUGUGCAAGAGCUUGUACGCAGAAACAUGGAAACACCAGUGGGCCAGAAUGUUGGGGAUGGUGAGAUAACCCCACAGACCAAUGACUAUGUCAAGAUCAUCAUUGCUAUCAUUGCAGGCACCAUGACAGUUAUCCUGGUAAUUUUUGUCACUGCUUUGGUACGAUGCCGCCAGACACCUCGGCACAAGGUUGUCCAAAAAAGCAAGCAAAGUGGGGAAUGGGUCUCCCCAAACCAAGAGAACCGGCAGAUCAAGAAAAAAAAGAAGAAAAAGAAACGUUCCCCUAAAAGUCUCCUUCUCAAUUUUGUGACGAUUGAAGAAUCUAAACCUGAUGAUCCUGGCCAUGAGCAUAUAAAUGGUACUUUAGACAUUCCCGUAGAGUUAGAAGAACAGACUAUGGGAAAAUAUAACUGGGCCACCACACCAACCACAUUUAAGCCUGACAGCCCAGAUUUAGCAAAGCACUACAAGUCUGCCUCUCCACAGCCUACCUUUCAAAUUAAACCCGAAACUCCUGUGCCCCCUAAGAAGCACCAUGUCAUUCAGGAACUGCCUCUAGAUAACACCUUUGUGGUGGGCUGUGACUCACUCUCCAAAUGCUCCUCAAGCAGCUCGGACCCUUACAGUGUCUCUGAAUGCAGCUGUCAAGGAGGUUUCAAGACUCCAGGUCCCAUACAUACUAGACAGCACACAAAAGAAGUAGGAAGACCACAAACUCCUUUAAAAGAAACAAGCCUGGAACCAUGGACCCAGCCCCAGUCACAGCGCCGUGUCACAUUUCACCUGCCAGACGGCUCCCAGGAAAGCUGCAAUGACAGUGGGCUUGGAGACCAUGAACCCAACAGCAAUGCUAGCACAUCACAUCCUCUGCCACUCGGUUUCCCCCAAGAGGAGUACUAUGAACAGGCUUCACCAAACAGUCGAACAGAGGGAGAUGGCAAUUCAGACCCAGAGUCCACUAUUGAAGUAAAUCUGCAAAAAGCCCUAGCUGAAGGCUCUGAAACCUGCACUCAGGAGUGUCUUAUUUUAGGCCAUUCUGACAACUGCUGGAUGCCACCUUCUUUGACACAGUACCAACAAUCCAACCCUCCUUUGCCAUCAUUUGGAUUCCAGCAAGGAUGGGGUCGAGGAACCAGACCUGAAGGAAGACACACACUUGGCAGGCCUAUUCCCAAGGAUGACACUGAUAAGGGCCAAGGUGGGCCAAGGCCCCAGUUCUACAAUACCUGUGAAAGACAAUGUACCAGUGAAGAUCCAGUUAAGGUUAUUCCCCUAGCAAACUUCACUCCAGCCCAGCAGGCACCGGUGUCUGGGAGCAACACCACAUUUAUACAUGAGCACCAGCUAUAAAGGCAUAUCUGAGAAAUCAGCUCUUUCAGGCUGUAAGUGUGAGUGUAUAUAGUCACAGCUUAACACUUAAUUUUAAUGCAUAUAUAAAUCUGUUAGGCUUUUGAAUAUUUAUGUAAAUAGAAUUCUGAAUUGAAAUUUGAACUUGAAAAGCAGACUUCUUAGCACUGAAUUAAAGGAAAUUUACCAUAAAUGUCCAUCCCAGAUAUGCAAACAAAAAACACCCCCCCCCCCCCCGAAACAAACCAAAACUGCUCAUUUUAUUUCCCCAAAUGGGCCAUCACAACAAAAUUAUUUGUUAGGGCAUGGACUGUCUUCCUCUGCCUGGUAAUUUCCUAACAUGUUAGAUGCUGUCACAAUCUUAAGAAUAGCAGUGUAAAUUACUCAAAUAAUUUUUAAUAUUAUUAUUAUUUGUUCAUUAUACUAUCUGUAACACAGUCAAUAGGUUCACAUCCAUUUGUUCAUCAGUCAGUAGAAAUAGAGAUCAAGUAGGCAGUUUAUCACCCUUUUACCUGUAAUAACUGAUUACAUGAGAUCAAAUUUGUAGAAAGAAAAGCACCCCUUUACCAUAAUUUCUCUUUCACAGUAUAACAAAGGGACAUAUCUUCAAAGAUUUUUUUAUACCUUUUCAGUUGAAGUUUGCAUUGUGUCAUCUUAUGAGUAUUCAUAUUCUGAAAGAAAUUAGCAUAAAUUUAAAAGUCUCUUUGACCUGAAAGAAAGUACUUUUGCUAACUAUACACUACAGUGAUUUGAUGGAUUAUGUCAAAACUGAUCUAAAGUAUUGAAAAGAAGGCUUCUUGCUUUCCAAGAUUUACUAUUCUAAAAUAAUGAAAGCUACAACACAACCCAUAUAAUGCUUGCCCUUUCCCAGCCAUGAGUCCAUCACUAAUUACACUUCAAACUUGCAGAUUUCACAUUAGCUAAUGUCCACGUGUGUUGAGUAUUGCAUAGACAUAGAAGAAUGCUGGGUAGAUUUUUUAGGGCUGAUGUGGUAACAUGGCUGUAAACUACUGUUGUCUAAAGAAUAUAUUGGUGAUUUACAAGUUUGCUUUAUAGCCAUAUAGGCAGUUAUGGAAGGUUUUCAGGAAAUUAACAUUAACAUUAGAUGCUGCACACUAAACCUAUUAAACUAAGUAACUCCUGUCAUUCUAGCUUAUUGAAGAAAAUCUCCAGCAUUACUCUGCAAAGAAAGAAGGAGCCAGGAAGUAAAUGUUGGAUGGAUAUAAUUAUAAAUGCACCCCAGUUAUGUUACUCAGUAGAAGCUCAAAGUGAUUUACUAUAAAGAUUAGGUAUUCUUUAGUGAUCCUUGUGCAGGGUGAGAUACAUUUAGCUUAAAGAAAAGCUAGUAAAUCCUACAUUGGACAAAACAAAGAUGUAAUUUUCCUCUUGGUAUUUUGCUGCUACCCAGCCAUGCUGUCAUGUACAAUAUGUACAUUCCACUACCCAAUGAUUAUUCUUUAUAGCAAAAUUGAAUAACUUGCUGAGUUAUGAUGCUAUGUUAAAUAGACAAUCAGAGUUGGAUGGGUAAAAAGACAAUGUUUGAAUAUUUCCUGUGGAUAGAGUUCUGUGUAGGUUUCUUAUUGUAACUUAAAUCUGUAAUUUAUAAGCAAAACUGUGUGUAAAAAUGCUGUAAUAUAAGCUGCUUGUAAAAUUUAUAGAAAUUUCAGUUGUUGAGGGUUUCCAAGGAGUUCUAAGAUGGCUUCUCUUAUGUGCCCAGCAGGUAUAAGUAGCUUUAAAUAUUGUUGUCCCCACUGUAAAUCUAUUCAAAUCACAUUUAAUUUUAAUGUGCAAAAUAAAAGCAGCUUCACUUUUAACCUACUGAUAGGGUUUACUUAAUGAAACCUCAAACUAUUUAUGAUUACAUUUUUCCUUUUCUAUAUAUUUCUCAAUAAUGUUUAAGAAAGAUGUGGCACAUUGGCUUCCAGUGGCAUGUAAAUCCUGGAAAAUACUUAUCCUUUGGCUACUGACAUAAAAGCUGUACCAAGCUUCUUCUAGUUCAGGUACAAUUUAAAAAUUAACAAAUUAACCAAAUUAAUCUAUAUAAAGUCUUCCAGCAGUCUAUUGGGAAGCUUAUUUCAUUGCAAAAUUUGCAGGGUUUUUUUUUUUUCAGAAAUGUGCCCAAAUGCCAUGUGUCAUUUAGACAAAUUAUUUGUUUUUCAGUAUAGUAGCAAAUGCUAAAAUGAUGAACAGGGGCCUUACUGCUUAUUAAAGAGUGUAUAUGUAUGAUAGGCAGAAUUUGUUUACAGAAUGAAUUCCAGGGUUGAACAGUAUCAUCAAAUGUCAGAAAUAUCAUCUUUCCUGUCAGAUUUCCAAUCAGGACAAAAAUUGUUUUCUACAAGAGUAUUUCACUACUACAAUUUUUGAUAGACUUUGGAAAGGCAGCAGAAGUUAAAUCACAAUAAAGGAACCAGAUUUUCUUUUAUAAUGACAAACAAAAGUAGCUUUGAGAUCUGGAUGGUCCUUUUAGUGCAUUAUUGUUUUAUUCAUGUUGAAUUUCCCCACACCAUACUAUUGCAUCCAGCCUGUGUAGAACAAUUUGAUUGGAUUGUCUUCACAACUGGCAGUAACAGAUUGACAAUUUGGUUGACAUUCUGUACAAUUCUAUUUUCUUAAUAUUAUAAUUAUGGAUCUUCAUAAUGAAUACAAGAAAAAUGAUUUCAGGGGUAUUUUUUCAGAAACUUAAAGGCAUUUUAGAGGUGGUCCAAUUGAGUAAAUAUAAUGUAUUUUUUCCCAUCACAAAGAAGUGGUUACAUUUCCCAGUUUAAAAAAAAAAAGAAAACUUAAUACAACCAAUUUCUCAAUGCUUUCAUUGAAAUUCUGUGUAAGAAGAUAAAGUCAACCCUAUGAGCAAAUUGAGAACCUCCUAGAUGUUUGCUAUGUCAGUUAGAACUUACAACUAAAGGAAUUGAAUACCAUAUUUUUUUCAAUUAAAAAAAAAAAGUCUUGCUAUUGCUACCACUCACUUAACAACUCUCCACUGAGAUCCAUAUGGACAAUGAUGAAAUUCAAAAUACUCUAAGCUUGUUGUAGUUCCGUGAGUGGUACAGGGGACUCUCUGCACAGGAUCAGAGGGUACAAGAUAAAAACAUAGAAUCAUAGAACAUUCGGGUUGGAAGGGACCUCAGGAAGUCAUCUAGUCCAAACCCCCUGCUUGAAGCAGGACCAUUGCCAGGAUCGUUCCAGCCAGGGCUUUGUUCAGCCCAGACUUAAAAAUCUCCAAAAAUGGAAAUUCCACAACCUCUCUAGGUAACCACCUGUUCCACUGCUUCCCACCCUCCUAGUGAGAAAGUUCUUUCUAAUAUCCAAUGUAAACCCCCCUUACUGCAACUUGAAACCAUUGUUCCUCAUUCUGUCAUCUGUCACCACAGAGAAUAGGCUACCUCCAUCCUCUUUGGAACCGCCCUUCAGAUAGUUAAAGACUGCUAUCAAAUCUCCCUUAGUCUUCUCUUCUGCAGACUAAAUAAGCCCAGUUCCCUCAACCUCUCCUUAGAAGUCAUGUCCCUCAUCCCCUUCACCAUUUUUGUUGCCCUCCACUGUACUCUCUCCAACUUGUCCACAUCCUUUCUAUAUUUGGUGGGGGGGAGAAGGUGCAGCAAAACGGGACACAGUACUCCAGAUGUAGCCUAGCCAGUGCAGAAUAGAGGGGAAUAAUUACUUCUACUAAUCCAGCCCUUCUACUAAUGUAGCCCAGGAUGCUGUUAGCUUUCUUGGCAACAAGGGCACACAGUUCACUCAUACUCAGCUUACUGUCCACUGGAUUAUCCUGGAAAUGGAGACUCCAGGACAGAUUUCUGUAUCCACCAAUUCCCACUAAAAUAAAAGAGACUACUGACAGGCCCAGGUGGCUCUUCCCAGGUCCGCUGUUCAUUCAUGUUGCUCUUUGAAAUACCUAAAUUCUGCUAGCUGGCUCUCUUGGGUGUCAUUUUAGAUUUGUUUUAGAUUUUGACAGUCAUUACAAAGUGUGACAUUAAAGAAUGAUUUUAAAUUCCUUUAUUUUCCACCAAACUUCAUAUGGUAUGUGUUGUGCCUAUAGUUAUAAAUUUGGAUAAAUCAGAAUAAAGGGACAACUAAACUUGUGUUUGUGUGUGUGUGUUUAUAGACUAUAAUAAUUCUAAGUUUAGCCAUUGCUGUUCUAAGAACAUUUGUCUUUCUAACUAUCAGAAAAAAAUAUACACAUACACAUAUAGAUGUGUGUGUGUGUAUUUUUUUCUGAUAGGAAGACAAAUGUUCUUUGAACAGCUGUAGUUAAACUUGGAAUUGUGAUGUCCUAUAAAUGUUUCAGAAUUUUACACUAUUUUACUUUUGAGACUCCUAUGUACAAAGCAAUCAAUACAAAAGUAAAAAAGUUUUUUGGCAUGAAUGAAAUUGGGCAUAGGAAAUGAUAAUUAGUCUAAAGAAUUUUCCUAAAAAUCUAUUAUGACUUUCUAGAUAGAAAACAUAUGAUUAUAAAUUCCUUUGUAUUCAAGUGCUAAAUUGUAGCAGGCACAUGCACACACAUAAUUUUGAGGCAACAUUUUUUCAAGAAGCAAGAAUAAGUGCCCUGUGUCAGUACCCAGAGGAAAAACAUCACUGUAGACUUUUUAUACAUCUUACCAUAUAUAAAUAAUUUAUCCAAUACAUAGACUGUAUAUUUUUGUGUAAUCUUAUUUAGUCAUUUAACUUAUUUUUUUUUAUUUGUGUGAAUUUGUGGGAAAAAAUACCAAUACUAUAUUUGGUAUAAAGUACAAUGGUAGUUACAUGAUUAGAUUUGUUUCAUACAGUAUAACAAUAUGGGAAAAAUCUUUGCCUUCUUCAAACUAAGGUGUCACACAGUUUUACUUAAUUGUUUUUUGAUACUUGCAAGAGCAGCAAAUGCUGCAUUUCUAAACAUUUAAUCAAAAGACAAGGUUGGAGGAAAAACCUUUUCUUCAUUGUACAGGUCUAUCUGUUCCUCUUCUUUCAUGAGAACGUCUCAUUUUGAAGCAAAAUUUGCAUGACAUGCAAGUCAGACUUGAAGGAUGUACUUUCAAAAGCAUAUCAAAUAUUUCUUUCUUUCACUUCACUGUAGUGUACACUGAAGUAUAAACUUAAUUCUGUCAAGAAAAAAAGGAUAUCAGUUAUGCGGUAGCAUUGCAUAUUCUAUUAUAUAGUGUGACAAGAAAGUCAAAUUUCAUUUUGCUUCAUGAAAGAAGGUUUGUCAGUUUAUGUUUCCCUUACAUUCCCCUUUAAUCCUUUUUAGCAACUCUAAGUUUCUAUUACAAAUUAGCUCAGUUUGUCCAGAAAAUAUUACUCCUGCCACAAGAACAAAUAAACAUUUUCCAAAUUUGGGCAAGAAAUCAGACACUGAAUGGCAUUUACUAUGGCAAAGAGAUGUUUUAAAGGAAAGGCAUCCAUUUUUGUACCUCUCUCUUUGUAUAUGUACAUAAACCAUGAAUCUAUUCCUAUUGAUAAACUGUUUAUAUUGCAGUCUACAACUGCCAUUUAUCAGGAUAUAUAAUAAUACAGUGGUUGGUUUGUGUAGACACAAAGUAGAGUUGAAGGCAAAGAUUUUAUUUGAUAAAUGUAGGAAAAAUGUGUAUAACUUAUGUUAUGCCUAGUUAAGAAAAAUAUUGAAAACCUUUUGUAAAUAUAUAUUUGAGUUUGUAUUUCUGGGAGAUCUCCCCACUUUGUGGCAUACUACAGGAUCUGAAAGUGAGCAGUGUAUGUCUGUGUAUUGAAACAGCCCUAACCAUAUUUAGAGAACAUGCAGUUGGACAUCAUAUGCCAUAGUUGAAUGACAUUAAAAGUCCAACUGCAUUAAAAGUCCAGUAAAUCUGCAGCAGUUAUAUUUCAGGUUCUGUACAGCAUGUUGUCUUGUUAAUUACAAUAUUUAUUAAUAAACUAGACCCACAAUCAA